AUGAAGCUCACUACCUUUGCUCUCACUGCUUUCCUGGGCUGCGCUGCUGCCCUCCCUCAGCUCGGCCAGCCCGGCAACCCUGGCAGAGGACCUCCUGCUUCCUCUGACCUGCCUACUCCCGUCUUCUCCUCGGGCAACCCUCAGCGUCCCACUAGCGUUUUCGACAAGCGCCAGCUUGGCCAUGCCGGCGAUGUCCCUGGACGCGGACCCCCACGUCCGUGCGAGAUCCCCGGCCGCGGUCCCCCCUCUCCCGGUGAGGUUCCCGGCCGUGGACCUCCUUCUGAUGGCGAGGAUGACGACGCUUGCACUCCGGACUCGAGCGCCACCCCUUCAUCUUCUGCUGCCAGCAGCUCUGGCUUUUCCAGCAUCCCGACUGUGUCUGUUACCCCGACGCCUAGCUCGACCCCUGCCAGUUCCACUCCGGCUAGCUCGUCGACUCCGGUCAGCAGCGCUUCGCUUUUCUAA